GAUAUUGGUUUUUACUGGAGCUACGGAUCCUCAUUUCGGAUACGUUUAAUUUAUUUUUUAUUUUUAUUAUAUUUUUGUUAAAAUGGAAGAUGACGGGGAGCAUUUAUCAUGCAAGACUAUUCAUGAUCUACCUGAGGAAAUCUUAGAAUUUAUUUUAAUGAAAGUUUCUCCGUAUAAAGACCUGAAAUCAGCAAGUUUGGUGUGUACUUCUUGGCACAAGUUAGUUCAGGUUGUUUUGAGAAAGCUUCAUCAAACAUAUCUGCAGAGUGUUUUCACAUCAAAAAUCGAGUGGUCGAGUAUUCAACCUGAGGCUGGGUCACAUAUCACCGAACGUUACUCACACAGCUGUUGCUACUUUGACAAAUCUCUGUAUGUGUUUGGGGGUUGUACAGCCACUAACACAACAUUAAAUGAUCUCUGGAGAUUUGAUCUAGCUACCAGAGAAUGGAUACGACCAUUGGCAAUGGGAACCUAUCCGUACCCCAAAGCUUGUGCUAGUUUGGUGGUAUACAAGGAUAACCUCGUUCUGUUUGGAGGCUGGAGUCAUCCAACACCCUUCCCCUUACAUCAGGCUGCAAGGUUUUUUUCUGAACUUCAUAUCUAUAAACCAUCUACAAAUCGUUGGUCACAUGUGACGACAUUAUCCCAUCAGAGUCCUCAGCCAAUAGCAGGACAUUCCGCCUCAAUUAUUGGUGAUUAUAUGGUCAUAUUUGGUGGCUCUCAAAUCCCUGGUAUCAGGACAAAUGAGGUGUGGCUGUUUGACUUCAAUGAACAAGCAUGGAGAAUGCCUAGAAUAGGCUACAGGAGGCCUGCACCAAGAUAUGGACAAACACAGGUAACAAUAGAUGACAGCCAUAUUCUUAUAGUUGGAGGAUGUGGGGGCGGUACACCAAAUCAGGUUUAUAAUGACUGCUGGUUGCUUACUGUUGGUGAAGAUGAGUGGACGUGGGAUCUGAUCAUUGUAGAGAAUCCACAGUGGGCAGCUCCCCAGCUCUGGUGUAACAGUGCUUGUAAGGUUUCAGACAUGAUUGUAACCUUGAGUAAGGCAGCUAAGCCACUGCCUAGAACAGUGCCAGUUAGUCCACGGGCAUACAAACCUCGAGGUAAAAUCUGGGUGCCUCCAAGGGAAGAUGAAAUUGAACAACCUGCAAAUCCAGCCAAUCAAAGUCAAGCACUUGGAUCACCUGACACAUUUCCAACCAAUCAAAGUGAUGAAACAAGUGAUUCGGGAAAUGUUAGUGACCAAUCAGAGGCUUCAAAUAUGUCACCUGAUAGUGCUAAUAGCCAAUCAGAUUCUAGUGAACCUGAAGUUGGAACUUCAAAUCCUAGACCUGGAUUACCAAGUGUUAGACCAAAUGCUAUGAAAAAUAGACAAAAACAACUAGAGGCUUUGUUGAAAUAUGAAAAGAGGUUCCGUCACACAGAUAUGGUCGGGCCCUCAGAUGCAGAGGAAGAGCCACCCAGACUUUCUCAAAAUCUUCACAAUAUCAGACAGCAGAAAUCACCAACGGUUACAAACUUAGCAUCGCUAAUGACGUUGCAUGUGUUAGACAUUUCCAGAGUGUUGGAAUGUAAAGUAGUGUCAUGGCAGAAAUUAAACUUCGAAAAUAUGACAGGUGCUCCAACUGGGACAAUAUUUUACUCUCUUGUAGAAGGCCAAAAUGAAAUUCUUAUGUUUGGAGGGAUAGAAAAAGACAUACAUGCCCUACAGAGGGGUCAGGGGAUACAGUCCCAUACGGUGAACAAUGCACUCUAUAUAAUAUCCCCAAUACAGCACCUUCUUUAGCAUACUUAGAUCGGACAGACAAAAGAUCAAGUCGUACAGUUUUGUGAGGUAUCAUUGGGACAGUUUCUAUCUCAAAGACUUGUUCAGCAUUUCGAGGUGUGUUUAAUUCUAAGUACUGUGUAAGGGCUGCCAAUAGGCAGUAAGGUCAGUUUGUUUGAAAAUUUAGAAAGAUGCUUUAUUUGUUAGUUUUUGUAAUCAGUGAUUCCUAAGCAAUAUUGUCUGUAAGUAUUGACGUGGCACUCAUAAAUUGCCAAUAUUUUUGUGUAUUUUCAUUAGUUCACACAAUAUCACACAGUUCACUGAAAAUAUCUGUACUACUAAAAAAACCUGUAUAGUUAACAGAUGGCAUGAUGGUAAAAAGUCUGACUUUCACACACUCAAAAAAAGGGUUAAAAUCACCUCAGACCAGUUUUUAGCUCACCUGUCACAAAGUGACAAGGUGAGCUUUUGUGAUCGCGCAGUGUCCGUCGUCCGUCCGUCCGUCCGUCCGUAAACUUUUUGCUUGUGACCACUCUAGAGGUCACAUUUUUCAUGGGAUCUUUAUGAAAAUUGGUCAGAAUGUUCAUCUUGAUGAUAUCUAGGUCAAGUUCGAAACUGGGUCACGUGCGGUCAAAAAGUAGGUCAGAAGGUCUAAAAAUAGAAAAACCUUGUGACCACUCUAGAGGUCACAUUUUUCAUGGGAUCUUCAUGAAAGUUGGUCAGAAUGUUCAUCUUGAUGAUAUCUAGGUCAGGUUCGAAACUGGGUCACGUGCGGUCAAAAACUAGGUCAGUAGGUCUAAAAAUAGAAAAACCUUGUGACCACUCUUGAGGUCACAUUUUUCAUGGGAUCUUUAUGAAAGUUGGUCAGAAUGUUCAUCUUGAUGAUAUCUAGGUCAAGUUCGAAACUGGGUCACGUGCCUUCAAAAACUAGGUCAGUAGGUCUAAAAAUAGAAAAACCUUGUGACCUCUCUAGAGGCCAUAUAUUUCAAAAGAUCUUCAUGAAAAUUGGUCAGAACGUUCACCUUGAUGAUAUCUAGGCCAAGUUCAAAACUCGGUCAUGUGCCAUCAAAAACUAGGUCAGUAGGUCAAAUAAUAGAAAAACCUUGUGACCUCUCUAAAGGCCAUAUUUUUCAUGGGAUCUGUAUGAAAGUUGGUCUUAAUGUUCAUCUUGAUGAUAUCUAGGUCAAGUUCGAAACUAGGUCACGUGCUGUCAAAAACUAGGUCAGUAGGUCUAAAAAUAGAAAAACCUUGUGACCUCUCUAGAGGCCAUAUAUUUCAUGACAUCUUCAUGAAAAUUGGUCAGAACGUUCACCUUGAUGAUAUCUAGGUCAAGUUCGAAAGUGGGUCACGUGCCAUCAAAAACUAGGUCAGUAGGUCAAAUAAUAGAAAAACCAUGUGACCACUCUAGAGGCCAUAUUUUUCAUGGGAUCUGUAUGAAAGUUAAUCUGAAUGUUCAUCUUGAUGAUAUCUAGAUCAAGUUCGAAAGUGGGUCACGUGCCGUCAAAAACUAGGUCAGUAGGUCAGAUAAUAGAAAAACCUUGUGACCUCUCUAAAGGCCAUAUUUUUCAUUGGAUCUGUAUGAAAAUUGGUCUGAAUGUUCAUCUUGAUAAUAUCUAGGUCAAGUUCGAAACAGGGUCAUGUGCGACCAAAAACUAGGUCAGUAGGUCUAAAAAUAGAAAAACCUUGUGACCUCUCUAGAGGCCAUACUUAUGAAUGGAUCUCCAUAAAAAUUGG